AUGUAUUACGAUCAUCCUUAUAGAAAACCUACAAUCUGUUCAAAUUACAUAGAUUCUGAUGAGAAUGGAACUAUUUACCAGAUGUUUAUAUGUCCUAGGCAUUAUGAAAUGGAUAGCUUUGCUUACUGUUGUGGACCUUCAGAAAGACAAACAUGCUGUAAAUCACCCAACAGAUCUGGCAGUGUGAUAGGUGCUAUUAUUGGAGCCAUUUUGUUGGUAGCAAUUAUUGGAGCCAUCAUCUAUUGUGUCUGUCGUCAUAAUAAAAAACGGAGGGGCGAGGUGUUGAGCAAAAAUAAUGAACCAAUUGGCACAGUGUUGGUACCACCACCUCAACAAAUGCCUCCACCUGGAAUGGGACCUGUUCCACCUCAGCCUAUGGGUUAUGGAACUCAGCCUAGUCCUAUGAUGGGCUAUGGACCAGACCCAAAUCAAGCAGGUUUUCCGGUGAAUUAUGGUGCCGCAUAUGGCCAACAACCUUAUAUGCCUCCACAAGGCUAUCCUCAACAUCCUUUGCCUGGUCAAAAUUACCCUCCUGCUUAUGGCCAACCGGAUUUGUCUCAACCACCUUAUCCUAGUGCUCCUAGCUAUCCAGGGCAGGUUCCACCACCUCCAGGAUUUAAUAUGCCAGGCCCUGUGCCCUCUCAGCCUCCUCCGCCAUACCCAACAUCUUGA